UCGAGCCGCGAAAUUUUGUAAACAAAAUCGUUUUACCAAAAAAUUAGUUUCUUAAAAUUUCUUAAAUUUAUUGCUUUAAAAAGUGCAUAAAACUCGGCUGCAACAUGUCGUAUAUGUUGGCUCAUUUACACAACGGCUGGCAGGUGGACCAGGCCAUUCUUUCCGAGGAGGAUCGUGUGGUGGUAAUCCGUUUCGGCCACGAUUGGGACCCGACAUGCAUGAAAAUGGACGAGGUGCUGUACAACAUCGCGGAGAAGGUGAAGAACUUUGCCGUCAUCUAUCUGGUCGAUAUCACGGCGGUUCCGGACUUCAACAAGAUGUACGAACUGUACGAUCCCUGCACGGUCAUGUUCUUCUUCCGGAACAAGCACAUCAUGAUCGAUUUGGGCACCGGAAAUAACAACAAAAUCAACUGGCCACUCGAGGACAAGCAGGAGAUGAUCGACAUCGUGGAAACGGUGUACCGAGGGGCUCGCAAGGGCCGCGGUCUGGUCGUUUCACCGAAGGACUACUCCACCAAAUACCGAUAUUAGGCACCUGGAGUUGCUUCAUCCCUUUUUGUAUAAAGAGCGUAUCUGUCUGGCGAUAAAUUAAUUAAAACAUCUAUUUUAGU